CCAAACAAGCCGAGGUGAAGCACAAAUGGCCAGACUCUCCUAAGAUCCAGAUGAGUAACCAGCGCGUAUAUCCACGUCUGUUGGGUCCAGCGUUCAACGAGCUUCGCUUGGAGGGUAAAUUCUGCGACGCAAUCAUCCAAGUUCAGGAUGUGGAGUUUCCGGUCCACAGGGUCGUCCUCUGUGACUGCAGCUCCUACUUCCAAGCUCUCUUCAAACACUGGAUGACCACACACAAGAAGGUUUUCAACAUACCUGGCCUGACUCCUGAGAUCAUGCAGCUCAUCAUUGACUUUGCAUACACAGGCUCUGUUAAUGUGACAGAGGGCAACAUACAGGACUUGAUGCUUGUUGCCGACAUGUUAAAUGUCAUGGACCUCAUGCAAGCCUGCUCCAGCAUCCUCUGUGAGCAGCUCCGCCCGGAAAACUGCAUUGGCAUCUGGCAGUUCACCAAAGUCUGCACCAGCUCAGAGCUGCAGGAAAAGGCCUACCGCUACAUCAUCGACCACUUCGAGGCUGUUGCUUCCAGUAAUGAGCUCCUGGAGUUCUCUGUGCAGGAGCUCACCGAAAUCCUGAGCAGAGAUGAUCUCAACGUGAGGAUGGAGAGAAUCGUGUUUGAGGCCAUCGUUCACUGGAUCGAUCAUAAACCUGAGGAGCGAGAGGAACACAUCACUGCACUUUUGUCUACGGUCCGGCUGGCCCUGACAAGCUUAGCCUACAUUCGGAGCACUGUGUCGACCAAUCCGUUGGUGAGUCGCAACUCUGAGUGCAAUAAGAUCACCGAUGAUGCCCUCAAAACCAUAUGGCACAAGCUGAGAAACAGUCCGAGGCCAGGUCUCUCUAACCCUUAUGCCCGUCCUCGUCUGCCUACUGCCAUCAUGCUCGUCAGUGGAGGCUGGAGCGGCGAUCCAACUGGCGAGAUUGAGGCGUACGAUCCCCGCUCUGACGUCUGGACAAGCCUUCCAACAAAUCUGGACCAUCCUCGGUCCUACCACGGCACCGUCUUUCUCAAUGGAUACUUUUACUGUAUUGGCGGCUUCGACAGAGUGCAGCAUUUCAGCAACGUCAGCAAGUUGGACGUCCGCACACACACCUGGUAUGAGGUGGCGCCCAUGCACAACCGCCGCUGCUACGUGAGCGUGACAGAACUGAACGGGUCCAUCUAUGCCAUGGGAGGCUACGACGGCCAAUAUCGCCUGAGCAGCGCAGAGCGCUACACGCCCGAAACCAAUCAGUGGACGCGUAUAGCGCGCAUGCACGAUCAGAGGAGCGACGCCAACUGCGCAACACUCCAUGAGAAGAUUUAUAUCUGUGGUGGUUUCAACGGGCUUGAGUGCCUGCAAUCGGCUGAGUGUUACAAUCCAGAGACCAACCAGUGGACGAUGAUCGCCGCCAUGAUGACCAGGCGCAGUGGAAUUGGCGUCGUCGCGUUUAAAGAACAAAUCUAUGCAAUUGGUGGUUUCGAUGGCAACGAGCGUCAGCGCAGCGCUGAGAUCUACGACCCCUGGACCAACCUCUGGCGGGCAGUGAGCCCCAUGCUGAGCCCCCGCAGCAACUUCGGCCUCCAAGUGAUCGAAGACCGGAUCUUCGCCGUCGGUGGCUUCAACGGCUUCCACACCACCAACGAGGUCGAGUCCUACUACCCUUCGACAGACUCGUGGGCCGAGUGCCGCAGCAUGGAGAUCUCCCGCAGUGCCCUGAGCUGCUGUGUCCUGUGCGAAAUCCCAAACAUGGGCGAUUACACUUUCUCCCGUGACGACCUACCGCGUUUAGAUUUCGAGGACAGGAUGGAGGAGUACCUGUCUGACAGCUGAACUGAUUUCAAUAGUUAGGGUUACCACAACCCAUUCUCCGCUGCAAGACUUUAACAUAGACUGCGGAGGGAGCUCCAAUCAUGCACUGAGUAUCCCUCCCUCUCUAUCUCAUUUUCUCUGUCCCUCUAUCUCUCGUCUCUAUCCUCUCUCCUCUUUCCUCUCAUCUCAACCCCAUUUCUCUCGUCUCACCCCAACCGGUCGACUGAGUCCGGUGCUGCUAGAAAUUUCUUCCUGUUUUUUUCCCCCUCCACAGUUGCCAAGUGCUCGAACUGUUGGGCUACUCUCUAAUCAUGUAAAGUGUUAUUGAAUUCAAUUCACUUCAAUUUUAUUUAUACAGCGACAACAUACAAAGGCACUUUACAAGGUUGAGACCUCACAGCAUUGAAUGGCAUUGCUAAAAGUAAUCAUGAUAAUAAAAGAAUCAUAAUAACAAUAAUGAUCGUAAAAACAACAAUAAUUAUGAUAUUAAGAAGAAGAAUUGAAUUGAAUUGAACUUGUUUUAAUAAAUCAAUUUUUCGGUGAAA